AUGAAAAGUAGUAAAGAAGAAGGUGAAGAGGACGAAGAUGGAGAAGAGGAAGGAGGAGAGGAAGAAGAAGGGCAAAAAGGGAAGAGAUUUAUCGAAAAGCUAAGAAGAAGAGCUGUUUUUGGAGCUGUAGGCCAUAAAAGUGUCUCUCGCCGACCUUCCACUCCGGCGCACAUUAGCGUCGACCCCAAUAACCCUUCUUCUUCUUCAUCUAAAAUUCCACCUUCUUCUAGAAAGCUCGCAGCUUCUCUCUGGGAAUUUUAUCAGUAUUACGACCAAGACCACCACCACCACCACGAGAUUCCUCCUCCUCCUGCUGCUAAAAUGCACCGUCUCCGUCACGGCCAUGGAAAGGCGGUGGUUAGAGACAAUGGUCUUGAUCUCACUGAUGACCAGCCAGAGAGUGCAGGAAGUAUAAGGAGACAGAUCAGUCAAAUGCUGACGAAACAUCAUCAAUUAACCGAAAGAAACGACCAUUCUUCGCAGCCUCCAUCUCCUGCAAGAAGAAGAAGGAGACGAGCUGGUGGUGAGGCUAAUCACAAUCUCAAGACAUCAACCGAACUUCUCAAAGUGCUAAACCGGAUAUGGAGCCUCGAGGAGCAGCAUUCGGAUAACAUCUCCUUGAUCAAAUCUCUUAAAACCGAGCUUUCCCAUUCACAUGCACGGAUCAAAGAGCUAGAAGAAGAUCGGAAACUGAGGAGACGUGCUGAGAGUUUGCAUAGGAAAGUGGCGAUGGAGCUCUCUGAAGUGAAGUCUAAGAUGGAGAGAGAGACUAAGUCGAAGAAGAUGCUUGAGAGACUGUGUGAUGAGUUUGCGAAAGGAAUCAAGAGUUACGAGAGAGAGACUCAUGGUUUGAAGAAGCAGAAGAAUUGGGAUGAUGAAGAAGAACAAGAGGAGCAGAUGGUGCUUUGUAUGGCGGAGUCAUGGCUUGACGAGAGGAUACAGAGCGGUGACGGAUCGAAGCUCGAGUUUGAGAUUGAAGCGUUUCUUAAUAAGAGUAAGGAGACGAAGAAGAAUCGCCGGAGUUCGCUUGAGUCUGUUCCGUUUAACGCCUUGAGCGCACCGAUUCAAGAAGAAGAAGACGAUUCGAAUUGCUUCGAGCUCAAGAAACAUCAUAGAGAAGAAGCUGAGAAACAGAGAAGAAGGAAUCAAAGUUUACAGGUGAAGUUUGAGGAUCAAAUGGCUAAAGAAACGAGCAAUGUGGUUGUUGGAGAAAUGAUUGGAACUCAUCGGAGAAGCGAUGAAGCUUCUUGUAGUUACGCGUCGAGGAGAGCAGAGAGUCCGAUUCGUCAUUGGAAUCCGAGAGCUGUGACGACUGAUCUCGGAGUGAAGGAGAAGAAGAACACUUUGAGAGCUAAAUUAAGCGAAGCGAGAACCAAGAGUUCACGGCCACGGAUAAGGCUUUUCAACGGCUAA